GUUUGAUCGAAUUCGUGCUAUUAAUGGGUGCACAAGAUCAUUAAAACCAUCUAUCCUAGCUGAUUUAUUGUAUUUUGCAUACUAAAAUAUAAAAUCUUGCAAAUGUUGUGGGUGCACGUGCCCCCUUAAUCACUGCCCUGGCUUCGCCACUGUAUAUUAUCAUGCAUCUUCUUGAUUUUUUUUAUAAAUUCAAAUAUUAUCAUUCACCACCUUCACACCGCCAACACCCCUACAUGUUAGUCACCACUUCUCCACGCCGCCAUAGACGUGCUUUCCACUUCUUCCCCGUUUUAUAUAUAUAUCCUAUGAAUUCUACGUUUCUAAUCCAACCCUAAGCAUCUCACCUCUUACUUUUCAUUCACCUUUGUUAGUAUAUUACCUUAGAUUACUAAGUUUAUUAUGUCUCCUCCAGCGUUGAUUGUGUUAGAAGAUGGUCUAACCAACAAAUGGAGCAACGACGAGUGGCAGCGUCUCAGCGUUUUCCCCGGAGAAAACCCUAACCCUACUUUCAAUUUCUUAGUGAAGAACCAGCUGACAGUUUCACCGGUUCUCUCCCGCCCAUCUGUGAAAGAUGAAAGCUUCAGAAUGGUCUUACCUCUGGCUAUGUCUCCGCCAAGAGACAACGCCGUGCCGCUUCCUGUUCUUCCCGAGCCGAUGAUGAAGCCACGUAAGAAGCUUGGCACCCAAGAAUCCAUGCUUUCUGUUGGAAAAGCUAGGUAUCCCGUAAAAAAAUUUAUCCAUGAAGAUGAAGAAGAGUUCAAAUGCAACGCCUUCUGUUUAUCCCUCCCUGGAUUUAUGAAGCAAAAACAUGUGAGGUCACCGAAAAGCAGCGAUGAUUCUUCUGUAAAGAAGAAGAAGAUGACCAAAGCGUCAUCGUUUUCAAACUCCACAAUCUCCCUAGGUGACUCGUUUGAGAAAUUCGAAUGUGGCUCAUGGGCUUCAACAACAACGGCUCUAGCCCGAGAAAACAACCGGUUGUACUUUGAUCUACCAGUGGAGAUGAUCAAGUGUGGCCGUGGAAGCGGUGGAGAUGUCCAAGAACCAAUGAGUUUGGGUUUCUUCUUCGACAAGGAACGAGAAAGUUUACCUUUGAGAAGUGUUCUAAAGACUUCUCGGUCGGAAAGGCAACAAAGGGGUUGUUCGGCUGAGACAUCACCGCAUCGCCGUGUCAGGUUUUCAACCACGACCUCGGUUUCAUGCCCGACUUCACCGCGGUCGUGUAUCACCCCACGCUUGCUUAAAGCUAGAGAUGACUUCAACACGUUCUUAGCAGCACAGAACGCGUGA